UGUGGAAUCGUAGGUACGUUUAAUACGUUUCAUUUCAUUAACAACAAGUGCACAAUUUAUCAAAUACAGUUUCGAAAGUAUAAAGAUAAUGCUCUUUUCUAACCUCUAAAUUAACCUGAGUAUACAAAAUGAAACUAUGCAGAAAAAAAUAUUUUGUUGGUAUCAUAAAAUAUGAAUAUUUUAUGGGUAACCAAGUAUUUGAUUGACGUGAAGAAAUUCUUUGGUUAAUCACAAAAAUUGUGGUAGAUCGCAGCAAAUAAUAAAGUAAUUUGGUCUACUUAACCGAGAUGUUCGGUUUAUCGACUAAAAUAUUUUCAUUGAAAUUCACAAAACAAUUUAAUCAGAACGCUUUAGUAGAUUGAUGCCAACGAGUUAAAACGUACGAAAUAAAAUUCGAUUCACUCAACCAAAAGAUUUUUUUAAACAAACCGAAUGCAAUCAAACAAUUUUGUUCAAUGAACCAACAUUUUUUUCUGUUACUACCAAGAGUUUAAACGAAUUAGUUAAUAAUAUGAGAGGCAUAAAGCACACUCCGUUCAUUGCACGCACUGUCUUUGUACAGAAUGGAGACGUCGACGGUGCUUGUCGAGUAUUAAAUCGUCUCAUGGGUCGUGAAGGAAUCUUUGAAAGAUGGCGACAAAUGAUGUUUUACGAGAAGCCUACAAGAUGCAGACGGAGAGUGAACUAUGAGCGGUGCAAAGCGAUCUAUGAUGAAGACAUGAACCGGAAAAUCCAAUUUGUUCUGCGCAAAAAUAGAGUGGAUCCGUAUCCUGGUUGUCUGUAGAGAAUUUUAUGAACUACUUAAUAUUAAUAAACUAAUUUCUUCGAGGUAUACUGUCAUGUAGACAUUUUCUGCAUUUGUGUCUGACAGCGAUUCAAUUACAAGAAAUUUGAUUUUGAACAAUUAGCAUAUUAAACAAAGCAAAACAUUAGCAUUGAUACCACUUUGUGAGACGAUAACUAUUGGCCUAAUUUGAAAAGUCAAGUAGCUAUUCUGUCCUUUGCGUCUCAAAUUUCUGGUGUCGACUCGAUACAAAAUGUUAUAGAUCCUUUACAGAUUGCAAAAAAUACUUUUUGAAGUUCCUAAGUCAUUGAAGCGAUGAAUUUACACACCGAGUGAAAAAAUUACUUUCCAUACAAGGAGGUUUUGUGACAAGGAUUUUUGCUUGUUAACAAAAUAAGUUACAGGGUUCAUAGAAUGAAAUUAAUACAAAUUUGAAAUAAAA